UCUCAUUCCUCCGUAACGGCGAUCAAAUUGUUCUCCGAUCCAAGUUUCUGUAGCAGCGCCGGUAGCUAAUCGGAAACAAUGGCUCGAUCCUUCUCAAACGCUAAGCGACUUUCAUCUUUCUUCGGUGAUCAGCUUUCCGUUGUUAUUUCCAAGCGUGGAAUUGCUGCAGCACCUCAGGGUGGUGCAUUUGGUGGUGGAGCUGCAAUGAUGCAGAAAGGAGGUGAAGAAUCGUCGAAAUCGGCUUCAAAGGUUUCGGAUCCCGCUGUAAUCAGGCCAGAAUUCCGAUCGAACCAGGUGUUUUCUUUGUUGAAUUACAUCCAUCCGUUCUCUUCUCAUGUUAAUGUUUACAAGUCGCAGAUCCCUUCGAUCUUUUCUCUAUCCAGUAGAUUCUCUACUGCAUCAACUCCAUCUGUUGCGAGUCCCGCAGUCAAUCAUGCUCGUCCGUUAUCUCCCCAUCUUUCUAUCUAUAAGCCGCAGUCCAAUUCGAUGUUUUCUAUUUCUAAUAGAAUUGCUGCCUCCUUUCUAUCCGCUGCCGUGCUGGUGUUUUAUCUUAUCUGUAUGAAAACAGGUUUAAUUUGUUUCACCUACAAUAGUUUCUACCAAAUCUUCUUUGGAAUUGCCGGGUUCACUGACUUGGUUUGCUAUUCCGCAAUUCCUCUCACCAUCCUCCAUCUCCUCCAUGUACUGAAGCACUAAAUUUACGACAGCACAAAAAGCUGAUUCCCAAAUCGUAGAGGAGUACUUGAUGAUAAUGGUUCCUAAUGUACUCUGUGGAUGGUAGUGCUUUGUUCUUGUGUCCUUGCUUUGCUGCAAAGUAAUAAGUAUAUGCAGACCUCUUGUACAUCUUUCCUUUUUUCUCCUUUGUUAAAUAAGUACAUGCUAUGCUUGUUUGAUGCAAGUGAAGUCCAUAGCAAAGUGAAUUGUUGGUAUGGAACAAGAAAUUAUUUUUGCCCAUCUUGGUUUUGCGAUAGAAAUGUACCUUUUUGAACC